UAAAUACCGCAUAGGAAAAUUAUAAUAAAUUAAAUUUAUACUUUUUUAUAUUGCAUACACAUUACACAAAAUGGAAAUUAUGAAUCCAUACAUUGAGGACUAUCGAGAUAUAAAAAUAUGCCGGCUUUGCGGCAUCGAUAAUAAAGAAAAUAUUGAUAUUUUUGCCAGCAAACCCAUCUCCUCUAGAAGUGAUGAUUUAUUAACGAAAAUUUUAACCGUCUACCCAUUGGUGUUGUAUAAAGAUGAUCCGCUGCCCCAACAUAUUUGUCCAAAAUGCAUUGGCAACGUCAGCACUACGUACCAAGAUAUACAACAAGUGCUGAGGCAACAAAAUAAAUGGAUGAACUUAACAAAAGCAGUACAACCAGAACAUAAAUAUUUUCGUAUACUCAAUGUGGUAGAGAAUACUACUAGAGCCACAAGAGAUUCCAUAAAGUCUUCAUAUAACAUUGACAUAAAUAAUAUAUCAUUGAGCAAAUUAAUAGCUACGCCAACAAAAGAUAUCCCUAAUACCACCGCAAUAAAUACACAAGUCACUAAAUUAAACAUUAAUGAAAAUGUUGUAAAAAAUAUACAAACCAAAUUGGAAUCGAAUGGUUUUACUAUCAAACGUAUAAAAAUUCCCACAUCAAACGAUAUUAAUCAUGACUUAAAUGCGCCUAAUGAUUCUGUAGAUUUGACAGCCAACUCCGUAGAAACAACUGAUAAAAUUGUGAUUUGUAGUUAUUGCAAGCAGAAAUUUUCCAAUCUUAAGAUAUUGGCACAGCAUCAAUUGAUACAUUUAAAACUCAGUGCGAAUAAAAUUUUCCAAAAACGUUCGUUACCUAAACAACUCAGACGUGGUCGUCUUAUUACUCUCAAUGAUAAUAAGUGUAUACGUUGUCUCAAUUGUUGGCGUACAUUUUCGGAUAAUAAGGCAAUUCUACAGCACUGGUCCGGAGGUGAGUGUGAAUUCUAUUGUUUCGUAUGUGGAAAAGAGUAUCCCCAUUCACCGAAGAUGUUAAGGGAACAUGUAACAACAGUCCAUGGUAUCAGUUAUCGCAGUGUCACUCGUGAAUUUAUGACUAGUCAUACGGAGCACAUAAAGCCAGUAGUAGCAUUUGCAGAAACAACAUUGAAAUCUACCAAUCUCUAUCCAAUGUCCUCAAAUUUUAAAACUGGCUUAGUUAAAAAAGUUGUUUAUAAAAAACCUCCACCCAAAUCUUGUACCAAAAAUGAUGAUGGUACCAUAACUUGUAAAAUUUGUCAUAAAGUAUUCGACAACUUUAGAUCCAGCAAUUCCCAUAUGCGCAAACACAAACCACCUAUUCGUAAUGGCGAUCCAGUUUUUGCACCAGGUGCUGCAGUGGAUAAUUAUAUUACACAAGAUGACUAUAUGGCACAACCUUCAACUAGUCACUUCCGCUACGGCAUCAACAAUCCAUCAUCUUCAGCAGCCACAAAUUCCUUUCAUGUGAAACCUCCUAGACCACCUUAUCGUGUCAUUAUGAAAAAUGGUCCUUUACGUGGCAUUAAAACGAAAAUUGUUCAAAAGCGUCAUGAUUUUCUAACAAACUAUGCAAAUAACGACCGUCAUCCAACUCAAAGGUCUAUGACAUCAGCAUCCGACACAAAUGACGAUGAGAACAUGAUAGUUCCCGAAUUACUAAUGCCUGCGAUUAAGUCUGAACAUAUGUCGGGAAAUGAUGCUCAUAACAAUGGUUUGCAAUACGGCGAAUAUACAAGUUCACCUUUAGUACCAGCAAUAAUUAAAUCCGAACCUUUGGAUAAUACCGAUUAUGCGGAGUCGCCAGAACCUCGCUUAUGUUUUAUAUGUAAUGAAACAUUUUCCAACACUCGAGAUUAUGAACUACAUGCCAUGUUUGUUCAUAAUAUAAAUUAAUUAGAGUGGUUCAGCAAAUGAAUCAAGGAAUAUAAAGAACAUGGCACAAGUCAAUGUAUCGUAAAUUUAUGAAAAAUAUCUUGACCAAAUUUCAACAUUCUUCGAUAAUUGGAACAGGGUGAUUCCCUUUACACAGAGCAACACUGAUUCUGCGGCAUAGGAAUUAUUAGUAAAUUUUGAUACAGUUGCUAAUAAUGUUUUACAUUAUUUGAGUUGACUCCGGUUCCCGUGUUAAUACGUUUUAUA